AUGGAAGAGUUGAGUCAAGCACUGGCUGGUAGUUUUUCUGUGUCUCAGGAUCUAAACAGCACAGCGGCUCCGCACCCCCGCCUGUCCCAGUACAAGUCCAAGUACAGUUCUCUGGAGCAGAGUGAGCGGCGGCGCAAAUUACUGGAACUGCAGAAAUCCAAGCGGCUGGAUUAUGUGAACCAUGCCAGAAGGCUGGCUGAAGAUGACUGGGCAGGGAUGGACAGUGAGGAGGAAGAUAAGAAAGACGAUGAAGAAAUGGACAUUGAUGCGGGCAAGAAGUUGCCAAAGCGUUAUGCCAAUCAGCUGAUGCUGUCCGAGUGGCUGAUCGACGUGCCCUCCGACCUGGGGCAGGAGUGGAUUGUGGUUGUGUGCCCGGUUGGUAAAAGAUCCCUGAUUGUGGCCUCCAGGGGGUCCACCAGUGCCUACACCAAGAGCGGCUACUGCGUCAACAGGUUUCCUUCCCUCCUGCCCGGAGGCAACAGGAGAAACGCCACCACGGCCAAAGACUACACCAUCCUGGACUGCAUCUACAGCGAGGUCAGCCAGACCUACUAUGUCCUGGACGUGAUGUGCUGGCGGGGACACCCCUUCUAUGACUGCCAGACUGAUUUCCGGUUCUACUGGAUGCAUUCAAAGUUACCAGAAGAAGAAGAACUGGGACAAAAAACCAAACUCAACCCUUUUAAAUUUGUGGGGCUCCAGAACUUCCCUUGUACCCCUGAGAGCCUGUGUACGGUGCUGGCCAUGGAUUUCCCUUUUGAGGUGGACGGCCUGCUCUUCUACCACAGGCAGACCCACUACAGCCCCGGCAGUACCCCUCUGGUGGGCUGGCUGCGCCCCUACAUGGUGUCGGACGUCCUCGGUGUGGCCGUGCCGGCCGGCCCCCUGACCACCAAGCCCGACUAUGCCAGCCACCAGCUCCAGCAGAUCAUCAAGCACAAGAGGAGCCAGAGGGAGGGCGCCACGGAGAAGGUCGCACCGAAGGCCCCCGAGAAUGGCCACUACGAACUAGAACACCUGUCCACCCCGCAGCUGCCCCACACAAGUUUGCCCCAGAGCCCGGCCCACGCAGGCAGCCUCAUGGAGGGCUAGGCAGGGCAGCCACCGUGGGCCCCAGGAGGAGGGUGCCUGGCUGAGAAGGACCGGCGGCAGGACGGUGAUAAGAGCAAGGGACUUCAUUCCAGAGUGGACGUCCCAGCACUGCUGGAGCUGACAUCAGCUUAUCUCCUCUCUGCAGGCUGGCUCAGACAACUGGGGGAGGGUCCGACCGGGUGGGAUUUGGAGUUGGGUAGCAGCGACAUGUAACCCAGAUCAAAGAUGUAAAUAGAUGUAAUUAUCCACAAGA